AUCAAACAUUUCCAAUAUAAUAUCAAAUUAAAAGUAUGUAUAGGAUCAAAAGAUGAAAGCUUGACGAAUAAAUUGAAACUAGAAGCAAGUCUAGUGUUAAUUUUUGUGAAAAAUAUGUGUGGAAUUGAAUGAUUAAUAUUUGUUGUAUUUUUCUACAAGUGUACUUUACAAUUGUCAUCAAGAACAUUCUUCUCGCCUUCAAACUAUCUUUACCAGUCCAUCCAAUAAACACCUUUCAUAAAGGUUGAGUAUCGUAACGUAACGUAACGUAAUCCUCUUCUCCGCCUCCAUAAAAAUACUUUCUGGUUUCUCCAUAUUAAUCUCUUCCUUAAUUAUUCCUCCACCUACCAUUUUUUGUCUCCAACGUUCUUAAUCUUCCCUUCUUAUUUUCUUGAUUCCUUCUGUGUGUCUUUUCUUUCUUGCAAUCAAUCAACCUUUGUUCAUUGUCUUAAAAAAGAUUGCCUUUUCUGUGACAACCCCAUUUCUUGAUAUCACUUUUCUUUUUUUAAUCUAUAGUUGUUGUUUUUGUUAUUUGUGAGAUUUACAAAGGUGGGUAUUUCUGGGGUUGUUGCUGAUUUUCUUAACGACAAUGAAUUUGAGGUUUCUUUAGUUAGGAAUCAAUCUAUGAUCUCUCUGAUUUCCACCACCUUUUUGGGCGAUUGUUUUCGUCAAUCUUUCUCUGUAUUGUUUCUCUAUCAUUUUUAUGAUUUUUCUUGAAUACCCUCUUUGGAAAUACCCUAUAAAUAGUACCCCUUUUAUAGAUUGGCAAUUCUUGAAAUCAUAGACUUUGGGUACUGUUGAAUUUGUAGACACUAUUGAGGAAAAAUGUCAGCUUUAAGGCAGAGUGUUAGUUCAUCUGCAUCAGAAGAUGAUCAAAGGUAUGCAGGAAUGGAUGAAAAGAAGAGGAAAAGGAUGAUAUCCAACAGGGAAUCGGCGAGGCGUUCGAGGAUGAAGAAGCAGAAGCUUCUGCAAGAUUUGACAGGUGAAGUGAGCAGAUUACAGGGUGCAAACAAGAAUAUUGUGACUAAGAUUGAAGAGACAACGGAGAGAUAUACAAUUUGUGCUGCACAGAAUAAUGUGUUGAAGGCACAAGUAAUGGAAUUGACUGAUAGGCUCAGGUAUUUAAAUGAUGUUAUUGAGAGUACUGGUUUGGCUGCUGAUGUUGCUGAUCCUUUGUUGAAGCCAUUGCAGACUCCUUGUCCAAUGCAGCCCAUUGCUUCUUCAGGCUUGUUUAAGUUUUAAUGUCAAUUUGGUUGUCUUUAUGGCUAGUUGGGUAGCUUUGCUUCCAUUAGUCCACAUCUUAGCACAGUAGUUUCUUUGGAUGGUAAUGUCAUGUUAGUUGUGUCUUUCUUGGUUAUGUUUUAGUGUAUGCUGUGUCUCUGCUUACUCUUUUAACCAUGUAUAUACCAAGACUUAGCUGGGAGUUGUUGAAUCAGAUGUUUUUGUCUUA